AUCCGUAACUACAUGUACGUAAUAGCAACAACAACAACAAAAGUAAAAUGGAAAAGGGUAACUCUGUGACUGUAGCCAUCAACCAUGUGUCACUAAAGGAGGGCGCUGAAGCCAUGAACAACCCGAGUAUACAUCAAUUAUUUGUAGAGUAUAGAUUCCUCGGUAUGGACCCACAAGAGACUGAUACACCAUUCUCACUGCCAAAACCUAAACCAUAUCAUAAUAUACAGUUUAACUUCAGUAAAACAUUCCAUGUAGAUUUUGAGAAGAAUUAUCAGAGAAGACAGUACCUAGCCAGUAUGUUGUUACCCUCAGAUCCUGAUGAUGGAAGAAUCCGGUUUACAUUAGUGAGUGAGCCACCUGAAGAUGAACAAGACCGUGACUGCGAGGAUGUUGGUUUUGCUCUCGUAAAUGUUCGAGAUAUUCUAUGUAAUAAGAAAAGAAAUUUUUGGAUGUUGCAGAUGAGAAGACGGUUAUUGGCAGUAUGA